GACUGCUGCUUUGAUAAGGUGUUUUCAGAUCAAAAUUAAUAUCAACACAAAGACUUUGAUCAACGAGAGAACUUUUAAGGUCAAGAACAGAGUCUCCCCUGUUUCGGAAAUUAGUCCUGUUUUAGGAAGAGGAAUGAAAUAGAACUUCUUUUCAAAAAGAAAAGAUGAUGAGAGCGAUAGAUUUGGCAUCAGUAGGUGUGGUUGGAUUCAGAUUCCAUCCGACCGAUGAAGAACUUGUCGAUCACUAUAUGAAGCUAAAAAUGCUUGGACGUGAUGACGAGGUCUCAGAAAUUAUUCCUGAGAUUGAUAUUUGCAAAUUCGAGCCGUGGGAAUUACCCGGGUUGUCACAGAUUAACACGGAAAAUGAUACAUUGUGGUAUUUCUUUUGUCGCCCUGAUUAUAAGUAUACGAAUAGCAAACGAUUCAACAGAACAACAAAAGAGGGAUUCUGGAAAGUAACCGGAAAAGACCGUAUGAUCAAAGGAGGAAGAAUGAAAAAAGUUAUUGGUAUCAAGAAAACUUUAGUUUUCCAUGAAAAUAGUAACAAUCCCAAAGACAAAGCCAUCAAAACUAGUUGGGUGAUUCAUGAAUAUCAUUCAAAAGUCAAAUACCAGAGGGAGAUUGUACUAUGUCGCUUGAAGUAUAAACAUGACGACAAAACUGAUAUUUCAAGCAGCGAGGAAGGCGAGCCGAGUCAGCAGCAUUUAGUUUAUGAUCUUGAAAAUGGAGCAGACGACGAUAUAAUGGGCGAGGUAAAUAGGGCAGAUGGUUCACGCCUGGAUGAAAUAAUGGCUCAAUUUCAAUCACUUAUUGACCCCAAUCAGAAUUCCUAUACAUUUAGUGAUGAGUUGCUGAGGAGUAUGAUUGACACUCCUGAGCCGGAAAGGCCUCAAAUGUUUGUGAAUUCAUUUUCUCUGGACCAGGAUGCAUACUCCCAUGAAGGAGCUAGUUUGGCUGCAAUAUUUCGUGACUAUAGCCCAUCAGAGUCGUCAAGUAGAGUGCGCAUUCGCGAACGCUCACCCAGAUUUGCAGAUUAUGAGGAGGACAAUUAUAUGUUUGAAGCUCAAGGAGGUUUACCUUCUGAUACACUAACCAGCAAUUCACACAGAUUUGCAGAUUAUGAGGAGGCCAAUUAUAUGUUUGAACCUCAAGGAGGUUUACCUUCUGAUACACUAACCAGCAAUUCCCAAAAUCGAUCCCAAGCCGUCAUAGCUCACGAACCUUAUAGGGUAUUUCAGGCUGAUUUUGGUGAUUCAGUAUCCAAAGUAACAUCCAGGAUCAUGCAUCGUCAUAAACAAGGAGGAGGUUCUUCUACAUCACACAAUGAACCAGAAUCCAGAAACUAUGAAGAAGUUGAACCUCCUGUACCUGUGAGAUUUCAGGGUAGAUGUGAGAUGUAUUCCCCACCCAAAGCAGCAUCCAAAAACAAGGCCAAAGAAGCUGAAGGACAAGGAGAUACCGACGACCUGAAAGGAAGCAUGGUGGUGGAGUCUAAUAAGUCCUCUAAAAUGGCUGAAAGCAGCAGCAGGAGUUCGAAAUCUAAGUCACCAUCGCCACAGGCACCAGGUCGUCAUGGAAAGAAUUGGUUCAUUGUCAUGGAGUCAUCUCCUCUGAACCUUAUAGAAGAGCCACCACCAUCAGUAUAUAUAGCCAAAGUGGUUUUGGGGAUAUUUUUAUUUGUAGUUUUUCUGAGGGAGCUGAUGGUUCUUCACUGAGUAAUGAGACUUCUAAUAUUAAUAGCUAUGCGAGUCUCUGUGUGACUGUGUGUGUGACUGUGUGUAUAACUGUGUGUGUGUGUGUGUAUCUCUAUAUAUAUAUCCAUCCAGCAUGUCUGGAAUGCUGUCCACUUGAUGGAUAGUGAUAAUCAUCUUCGUAUUUGUCCUUACACUUGUAAAUGUUUCUCAUUGGAAUUUAUAUACUUGUUAUAUUUACACAAUGCCCUUGGAGAUGUUAAGUAAAA